AGCAUGUAUCAUUUGCUCCACUAAUUCUCUGUAUCUUGGAAGAGAAAAAAGAGCUUAACAACAACAAAGUUGCUCAACAUGGGUUUCAUGUUCUUCAACAAGUUCAGCAUCCUCUUUCUCCUGAUUUCAGCAUCAUUUUUAUCAGCCUCUUCUGCUGCAGGUCGAAGUUCCAAGUUUGUCAAAAAGUUGGCCAAAGAAGUGGAUGCAAUUCCAGAGGAAACGUUAGGGAAGCCAUUGAACCACAAGGAAGCUGCCAUGAUUCAUGAAAGGCUGCUGAAAGCUAACAGCAAAGACUAUGGAAGAUAUGAUCCAGCACCUGCUCUUGUUAAGCCUCCUUUCAAGCUCAUCCCCAACUGAUCAUCUGAUGGUUUAGCCAUCAAAAACCGCCGUCGGAGUAGCCUCUUUAUAUUAAUUAAAUAAAUGAAGUAGCUUAUGCGUAUCCACUAC